GCUUACAUCGCGUUUUAUCUUCGUUCUAUUCAGUCCUUCAUACAUGACAUUACAUACAAAACGCGAGUGAGUGUAUGUGAACUUCAUACUAACUGUGCGCAACCCCUUUUAAAAAACCCAAGGUCGUCAGGAAUCAGCAACCUGUUGUGGUCACCAUACGUAUGUACGUUACAUCAAUCACGCAUGUGAAGCAUCGGCAUCAAGUUCAAGUAAAAUAGAAAUGUGUUUUAACAAAUAUUUGAUAAAGCUCGCGGACUACUUUCGAUUACAUACAUCUCGUUAAAUACACAGAGAAGUUAAAUACAUCGAAAUGAGUUACAAAAUCGUAAUAGCAAAGAUAUUUUUUUGUUUUUGUAUAUCGGCUGUAACUUGCCGAUCGUGGGCGAAUCUCCACGACACGACUACGUCCACUACGCAGACUACGCCCACGACUAGCUCCUUACCCAAGAAUUUUCACAAUGACCCUCUCAUUGUCGAGACAAAGAGUGGUCUUGUAAAAGGCUAUGCCAAGACUGUGAUGGGCCGUGAAGUGCAUAUUUUUACAGGCAUACCGUUUGCAAAACCUCCUCUAGGACCACUGCGAUUCAGAAAACCUGUACCGAUUGAUCCUUGGCAUGGCGUCCUCGAAGCUACGGCAAUGCCAAAUAGUUGUUAUCAAGAAAGAUAUGAAUAUUUUCCAGGAUUUGAGGGCGAGGAAAUGUGGAAUCCUAAUACUAAUAUAUCCGAAGAUUGUCUGUACUUGAACAUUUGGGUACCGCAACAUUUAAGAGUUCGACAUCAUCAAGAUAAGUCUCUUACGGAAAGGCCUAAAGUGCCUAUACUAGUAUGGAUUUACGGUGGAGGGUAUAUGAGUGGAACAGCUACACUUGACCUGUAUAAAGCAGACAUAAUGGCUUCAUCAAGUGAUGUUAUAGUAGCAUCUAUGCAAUACAGGGUCGGAGCAUUCGGCUUUUUGUAUUUAAAUAAAUAUUUUUCUCCUGGAAGUGAAGAAGCUCCUGGAAAUAUGGGUCUUUGGGAUCAGCAGUUAGCGAUUCGCUGGAUUAAAGAUAAUGCCCGAGCGUUCGGUGGAGAUCCUGAAUUAAUUACCUUAUUUGGCGAAUCAGCUGGUGGAGGCAGUGUCAGCCUGCACAUGUUGUCGCCCGAAAUGAAAGGUUUAUUUAAGAGAGGAAUCUUACAGUCAGGAACUCUGAAUGCCCCAUGGAGUUGGAUGUCAGGAGAGAGAGCACAGGAUAUUGGAAAGGUUCUGGUAGAUGAUUGUAGUUGUAAUAGUAGCCUUUUAAGCGCUGAUCCGAGUCUAGUCAUGGACUGCAUGCGCGGCGUUGACGCCAAAACAAUAUCUGUGCAGCAAUGGAACUCUUAUACUGGUAUUCUUGGUUUCCCAUCGGCCCCAACCGUAGAUGGUAUAUUUUUGCCGAAGGACCCUGACACUAUGAUGAAAGAGGGACAUUUUCAUAAUACUGAAGUACUACUCGGAAGCAACCAAGACGAAGGAACAUAUUUUCUGCUUUACGACUUCCUCGACUACUUUGAAAAAGAUGGUCCGAGCUUUCUUCAAAGAGAAAAGUUCCUGGAGAUUAUAGACACGAUAUUCAAAGAAUUUUCCAAAAUCAAACGGGAAGCUAUUGUCUUUCAGUACACGGACUGGGAGGAGAUCACUGAUGGGUACUUGAAUCAGAAGAUGAUUGCGGAUGUCGUUGGCGACUACUUCUUCGUUUGCCCCACAAACUACUUCGCUGAGGUGUUGGCGGAUUCUGGAGUCGACGUGUAUUAUUACUAUUUUACACAUCGUACAAGCACAAGCCUUUGGGGUGAAUGGAUGGGGGUGAUGCAUGGCGACGAAAUGGAAUACGUAUUCGGACAUCCUCUCAACAUGUCCCUUCAGUACCACACUCGGGAACGAGAUCUGGCCGCUCAUAUCAUGCAGUCUUUCACAAGAUUCGCUUUAACUGGGAAACCGCACAAGCCCGACGAGAAAUGGCCGUUGUACUCGCGGUCGUCGCCCCACUACUACACGUAUACGGCUGACGGUCCUAGCGGGCCGGCCGGACCACGCGGACCCCGAGCCUCCGCCUGCGCUUUCUGGAACGACUUCCUGAACAAGCUUAAUGAAUUGGAACACGUUCCAUGCGAUGGCGCCGUAACCGGGCCCUAUUCGAGCGUCGCUGGUACCACGCUACCCAUCAUCCUGCUAACUGCACUAGCAACAACGGUGGCUCUAUAAAUUAAUCUAUCACAAAUCGCACGUUAAUGUAAAACGUUAUUCACAAGCAAAACAAAAUGGAAACCACAUUAUAUCGCUUAGACUUAAGUUAUUUCUAAUGCAUCAAAACAAUUGACAUUUUAAAAACUAUUUGCAAAAUUAUUUAAAUUAUCUGUUCUGUUAUUUUUUUCCCUUCCACGGUCCAGUUGAAACAGGCUAAAAUUAUAUUGUAAGAAACAAAAAAAAAAAAAAAUAUUUUAUAAUCUCUGUAUUUACUUAUAUAAGAGAAUGGAGUAGUCGCUUAUGUGAUUAGUUCUUACGAUGUUCCUCUACCUAGUAGUUAUAUAGGUAUGUUUGAAUGUAUGUUUAGUUCUUGGUCAUAUAUUAUUGAGACCGAUUAAGUGUGUGUUAGUUUAAUUAGAAAAAAUAAUGUUUACACAUCGGCUUUAAUCGUUGAAGCGUUGCUCAGCUUUAACAUGACAUUGAAAUAAUCACAAUACAUAUCAAUGUGUGCCUCUGCUUUAAUAGCAAACGAUACAUAUCUUAAUUAGAGCGAAAUUUUAGAAUUUUAUAUUAUAUGUAUAGAAGUGUGUACGAUGUGAGACGAAUUUUUAACAGUAUAUUUAAUAUUUAGGAGGCUAUCUACUCGUACCACUCGAGUAUCUUAUGAAAUCCAAUUCUUAUGACUUCAUACAAAUAAUACUAUAUUUUAUAAAUAACCCUUCUUACAUUUAGGAUGCGAUAUCCCGAUAAACUUUUAAAUAUAAUGAAACUUUUCUAUGUAACAAUAAUGGGACGUAUAUAUUGUACCUUUGUAAUCGUUAACUAAGCUAUAUAACACGCUAAUGGCACUGCUGUGCAAAUUACAUCUGUAGUAAAACAAUUAUAACGGAACAGAUGGUUGAGGAUCUAAUCACACCUCAUUGUGGUAUUAUUUAGUGAAAUAAAUAAACAUUUAUAUUCCCAACGAUAUAGACUUCUACGUAUUUCUCAAAAUUAAAUGCGUUUCAAACACCUACAAAGUAUUCAGGCAUAUGAGACAAUUUUGAUUUUUUUUAAUACAAUUACUCAACGUGAAAAAAAAAUCGUCAAAGUGACGUAACCUAUAGCAAGAAAAUGCUUUGAAAGGAAAUCAUCUUAUGAAUUUAAUAAAAUAUUAAAACAUGGUAUUUCUAAAAUGAAUAAACAUUAGCGAUAAUAAAUAUUUAUAUGUGGUUGUCAAUUAAUAUCUUGAACGAUUUUAAUAUGUAUUAUAUAUAUUAUAUAAAUGGUUAUACACACAAAAAUAAAUUGUGCCAUUUAUCUUAUCCGCACAUUGGUGAUUGUUUAAUUUACAGUUUAGUCGGUUUCCAAACGUGAUUUAAUACGGAAAUAUCGCUCGAUAACGUCUAAACUAUAGGUUAUUAAAAAUCUUUAAUGUGCGCUCAAAAUUAAUACUGUCAUCAAUUUAUUCAACUGUAAUAUUCGUAUGAAAUGUCGCUGUUAGUUAAUUAUAUGGUAGCGAUCACUUUAGUAUACACUGAAUUGUUAUAACUAAGAAUUUAUAAGCACGUAGUGUUCAUUUAUACAAGCAUCUGUCCAACACUAAAUAGGUACUUCAAAGGAUGUUUUCCUUCUCAAUUUAUACACUGUUUAGAUAAAUGACGCACUAUCUUGCUUUUUCGUCGAAUUAAGCACAAUUUGAGGAGUUGUAUGGGAUAGCUUUAAUUAGUUAAAAAUAAGAUGUAAAGUGAUAAAUGAAAUAUAAUAUUUAGCGAUAACCGGAAUCAUUAGGAAAUAGUUUUUAGAAGGUUCUAGGUGAUUACGUUUGCAUGCUUUGAAUGGAACAGCGAUUGAUAAUUUGAAUAUAAACUAUUUAUUCAAAAUUUAAUAA